AUGCGCAACACCUCGCCCUCCACUGCCGCCCAGCGCACGCACGCGCGGCGGAAGAGCAGCACCUCCGCCGCCGCCAGCGACCCCGCGGCCAAGAAGUUUGCCUGUGCCUUUGACGGCUGCGGCCGCGCGUUCACGCGCUCCGAGCACCUGCAGCGCCAUCUGCUGAACCACACGGCCGGCGAGAGCACCUGCGAGCGCUGCCGUGCCCACUUCAAGCGCAAAGACCUGCUUGAGCGACACAUGCAGCGCCACAGGCAGAAGGACGAGGAGGCCGGCGCCGAGGGGGCCGGCGUCCUCAACACCAGGAAGCGCAUGUGGAAGGACCACGACGGCAACAUCGUCACCAAGCGGCCCAACCUAGGCAAGAAGAAGGGCUCUUCGGGUGACCAGCACCAGCGGUCACUGUCCACUUCCACCACGGACUCUAUCGAAGACGCCGUCCGCGCCCUCGGCGGCGACGCCCCCAUCUCGCCCCCCAUCUCCAGCACGCACUCCUCACAGUCGGACGGCUACGGGAGGAGAUCGUCAGACGCGUGCGACGCUACUACAGACCCGACGGUCGAAACUUGGGUCUUUCCGCCGCUCGAGCUCAGUCCCGGCCCUGAGCCCCAACCCUAUCCGGAGCUGGAACCGCUGGCGCAAGAGACGGAUCGCUUCUGGUCGAAUGCAGGCGGCUUGCAGGCGUCAAGUCUAAGGAAUCUGUCGGACGAUGUGCCUUACGACGACAUCUUCAAUCCUGACACUGCCAGCUCGUUCAACAUGCCCUUCACGACCAUGAACAACUAUAACUGGCUAUUUGACGUCGAUCUCGGGGCAACAGCAGCGCAGCAGUUCUCGGCCUCGACCCCAGACAUCCUGUCUGGCGUACCCACAGAGCAUACGCCAGCUGUUAGUGAGCUUGCUCCUCUCUCCACGGAUGAACCUUCGAUUGCGGCCCCCACCGCGCCUUCAGCUACCCUUUCCCACCCCCAGUCCAACUCCUCAGUGCUUCCCGACAUGAGCCUGCCAGACUCCACCACCAUCUCCCUUCCCAGUCUCGAAUUUGCAGAAAAGCACCAUGCUGUGGGCAGUGCCGCAAUCGGACGCUCGCACAUAAUAAACGCCCCCACUCCCCUGAGCAUGCCCAACGAAGAAAGCGCCAAAGCUGCCCGCGAUUCCCUUGCAGCGCGCCAAGCGCAUUUCGGCAUUGAUUUCGAACGGCCCAUGUCCUCGAUGAACCGCUCCGCCAGUCUUCCCGUUAUCGAUGAAGUGGCCCGUGCUCAAGUGUUGGACGUGAUUGAGGCGGCCAGACCAAUCACGCCUGAUGGGCUUUACAUCUCCCGGAGCCACCCUUUAUUGUCUCUCUCCUCUCUACAGACCUACUGUGAUCUGUACUUUACACGCUUCAACACGGCUUACCCCCUGAUUCACCAGCCAACGUUUGACGCUUCUCAUGUCGAGACGUUGCUACUCGUGUCUGUUUUGCUACUUGGAGCAACAUACUGCGAAAAGGACGCCCAUCAGAUGGCAGUCUGCAUCCAUGACGUCCUCCGACCCCAGAUUUUUGCUCAUGCCGGGUUCAAUGCGAAGCCGGAUCUGUGGGUCCUGCAGACGAUUCUGCUGGUGGAGUGCUUUGGAAAAAGCCGCGCUGGCCAGAAACAGCACGACAUGGCACACCUCUUCCAUGGGUUACUCAUCAAUCUCAUCCGAAGGAGUGACUGCCAGACAAUCCGCACACUGUUCACGGAAGAUUGCUCGGGUGAUCUUGACAAUGAUUGGAGGAAGUGGGCAGAAGCAGAGCAGAAGAAACGACUCGCUUACCUUUGCUUUCUUUGGGACGUACAACACGCUGUUUUGUUUUGUCAGUCUCUCUGCAUGUCAGCGUUUGAACUUCGCUCCAACCUACCCUGCAAUCAGCAGCUUUGGGAGGCCGACUCUGCAGAGCUCUGGCAACGUCUCCGUAAGAAGCAAAAGAGCCCCCCGCUCUUUUUGUCCUUGGUCAAGGCCUACCUGACGCCUGGUGCCCCGCCUAUUCCACGGAAUCUGAAUGCUCUCUCUCGACUCCUGCUUCUUCAUGGCCUCAUGUCCAUCUCGUGGGAUAUGAAGCGCAGGGACCAGACGUCGCUCGGACUCGUCGGCAAGCACCCAAUCGGCGACUGGAAGACGCGCAUGUCGACGUCGUACAACACAUGGAAGGCCGACUUCGACGCGUACUGCACCAACUACCUCGACCUCUUCUGCACGCUCCCGGACAACGCGACCAACCCUCUCCGGCAGGAGUUCGUCACCUGGUCGACGGCCAACGCGGCCGUGUACCACGCGGCGCACGUGCUGCUGAACGCCGAGUUCCUCGACCUGCAGAUCUACGCGGGGGCGCGGCACAUCCUGGGCCGGCCGGUGGGGCGUGCCGACUACGUGCGCUCGCAGCGGGUGGUCAAGCGGUGGGCGAGCGCGCCCGACGAGCUGGAGCGGCUGCGGGCGGCCAGGGCUGCGCGCCACGCGGCGCUGCUGAUCCGCGAGGGCGUCGAGCGGCUGAACGCGUUCGACGCGGGCGGCCUGUUCCACUACCCGUGGUGCCUGUACCUCGCGACGUUGACGUGCUGGGCGUGGUGGCACGCGCGGCCGCAACCUCCACCGGCGACGGCAGCAGCAACGGGCGCCGUCGACGCUCAGCAGCGGCACAUCGAGGCGGAUGCGAUGGAUCCGGACGCCGAGCUCGAGGACGUGGACGUGCCGUCGGACGAGAACGAGGACGAGAUGGUGUGGGAUGCCGGGGCGGAGCUGGACGCGUUGGUGGGAUGCAUGACUUCUGUGCCGUCGUCAUCCUCGUCUUCCGCUGCUGCCGCUUCAUCACCGGCAUCCCCGUCGGCGGCCGCGUCGAGGAGGAGGGAGGACGACAGCGCCGAGCGCCAUCUCGAAGCCGUCGCCAAGGCACUGCGGCCGGCCGUCGUGCGCCGGCGGACUAGCGGGUUGACGGCGGUGGUGGCGAGGCACCUGAGCAAGGUGAGGUGGGCGGUCGUGCAUGAUGGGAUGAUGGUGCUGAAGGGGCUGGUGCCGUGGCGGAUGAUCGGGGGUGCGGAUGGGUUGGCUUAG